AUGGACAGGUUCCUUAAAAUAUAUCUAAGCUGCCUGUUAGCACUUGUAAUUAGUGUUAGCCUUUCUCUUGCUGCUCCAUCGCCGACUAUCCCUAUAGGUGAUACUAUUUGGAAUAGUGGUGAUAAUGUAACGGCAAUGUGGACGGAUGUUGGGGAUCCAAAAACUUCUACAAUGUCAGCAAUAAAAGUCCAAUUCAUGACAGGUCCAGACGAUCAACAAAUUCCAUUAGUAACUCUUGCUGAAAAUUUGACAAACACCGCAACAUCUUUAAAUUUUAUUGUGCCAGCACCCAGUUUCGUUGGAUAUUAUCCGGGCAAAAUUUAUUUUUUAAUGUUUUCCGAUCCUGCAAAACCUGGUAUAGGUGUUAGUUGGAGUACUAGAUUCACCGUGCUUGAAGCUGGUAAUAGUAAUCCACCCGCGAAUUAUACUCCAGGAACACCCUGGACCUUCACUAAAUCUCCAAGUACUCCUGCAACUCCUGCUCCUGUAAUUGCACCAACAACAGUGCAACAGGCUCAAAACCCGGCUAUGACGACUCCUCCUCUCGCAUAUGCACCCCAAUCAUCUAUGAUGUUACAAAAUCCUACGUAUGGUGAUGUAGGUUCUUUGCCUACUGAUUCACCUGGUUCAUCAUCUAACCCCUCUCCUACUCCAAAAAAGUCUUCGGGGUGUGACAGUAAAUUCCUUAAAAGCAAUGGAAAAUUCUUGGUCGUUGUAAUGAGUUUUAUUUGUGUAUUUUUGGCAUAUGGAGUGUAG